AUGCUCAAAGCUGUUAGAACGCCCGCCGCGCGCUCGGCCCUUAGGAUGGGAGCCCGCUAUGCUACUCAGAUCAGAAGCAUCACCAAAACCAGUGCACAAUCUGCCACCAUGACUCAAACUCAAACUGCCGAGGCCAGAAGACCACAACCUGCGCCAGCAUUUGACACCGAGGCUGAGAUCUCCAUCCCCAAGAAAAAGUCCGCCAUGGAUGAUUCGUUUAUUGGCUUGACUGGAGGUGAGAUUUUCCACGAGAUGAUGCUUAGACACAAGGUCGAUACCGUUUUUGGAUACGCUGGAGGUGCCAUUUUGCCCGUAUUCGACGCCAUUUACAACUCCGACAAGUUCAAGUUCGUGUUGCCAAGACACGAACAAGGUGCUGGUCACAUGGCUGAAGGUUAUGCCAGAGCCACUGGUAAGCCUGGUGUUGUUCUUGUCACCUCGGGUCCAGGUGCCACCAACGUCAUCACGCCCAUGCAAGAUGCUCUUAUGGAUGGUGUUCCUUUGGUUGUGUUCACGGGUCAGGUGCCCACCACUUCCAUUGGUACUGACUCGUUCCAGGAGGCCGAUGUCAUUGGUAUUUCCAGGCCAUGCACGAAAUGGAACGUGAUGGUCAAAAACGUGGCCGAGUUGCCCAAGAGAAUCAAUGAGGCUUUUGAAAUUGCCACUUCUGGCCGUCCUGGUCCAGUUUUGGUUGAUUUGCCAAAGGAUGUCACUGCCUCUAUUUUGAGAGAGGCCAUUCCUAUAAACACUACCUUGCCUUCUAACGCCUUGUCACAAAUCACCAAGCGUUUCACCACCAAAUUCACCAGCGAAGCCAUCGAGCGUGCUGCUGACUUGCUCAACAAAGCCAAGAAGCCAAUUCUCUAUGUUGGUGCUGGAAUUCUCAAUAGCAAGCGUGGCCCAGAACUUCUUAAAAAGUUGUCUGACAAGGCUGUCAUUCCUGUCACCACUACCAUCCAAGGUUUGGGAGCUUUUGACCAGAGAGACGAAAAGUCGUUGGACUUCUUGGGUAUGCACGGAUCUGCUGCUGCCAACACCGCCAUGCAAAACGCAGACUUGAUUCUUGCUUUGGGUGCUAGAUUCGACGACAGAGUUACUGGUAACGUCAGCAAAUUUGCUCCAGCUGCCAAGUUGGCUGCUCAACAAGGCAAGGGAGGUAUCGUUCACUUUGAGAUCAGUCCUAAGAACAUCAACAAGGUUGUGGAGGCCACCGAGGCUAUCGAGGGAGAUGUCACUAGAAACUUGGAUGCAUUCCUUCCGUUGAUCAAAGAAGUCAAGGAGAGAAAGGAAUGGAUGGGCCAGGUCAAGGAGUGGAAGGAGAAGUACCCAUUCGACUACAUGAAGGAGACACCAGGCUCCAAAAUCAAGCCACAGACUUUGAUCCAGGAGAUUGCUCGCCAAUCGGAAACCUACGACAAGGAGGUGAUUGUCACAACUGGUGUGGGCCAGCAUCAAAUGUGGGCAGCUCAGCACUUUACAUGGACCAAGCCUAGAACGUUCAUCACUUCUGGAGGAUUGGGAACGAUGGGUUACGGAUUGCCUGCUGCCAUUGGUGCUCAGAUCGGCAAGCCCGAUGCCAUUGUCAUUGAUAUUGACGGAGAUGCUUCAUUCAACAUGACAUUGAUGGAGAUGUCCUCAGCAGUUCAGGCCGGUGCACCAGUCAAGGUGUGUGUGUUGAACAACGAAGAACAGGGUAUGGUGACUCAAUGGCAGUCGCUUUUCUACGAACACAGAUACUCACACACCCACCAGUCCAAUCCUGACUUCAUGAAGUUGGCUGAGGCCAUGGGCUUGAAAGGUAUCAGAGUUACCGAGCAGGAGCAGAUGAAGGGUGCUGUCAAGGAGUUCUUGGACUGCACCGAGCCAGUGUUGAUGGAGGUUAUUGUGGAGAAGAAAGUCCCUGUGUUGCCUAUGGUUCCUGGAGGAAAGGCAUUGGACGACUUCAUUGUCUACGAUGCUGAGGUCGAGAGAAAGGAGAAGGAGUUGAGAAGAGAGAGAACCGGAGGUAAGCACUAG